CGCUCACCGUCCUCCUCUUCUCCCCGCUAAAGUUUCAAGUGUCAACGCUCCGGCAGUCCACCACCGCCACCCACAGGCCACAGCACCUUAUAAAGCUUCCUUCAGUCUCAAACCUUCUCUUCAAACCCGAUCGGGGACAAUGGCGAGCGCGCCCGGCGAGGUGCCGUCCCACUUCCUCUGCCCCAUCUCGCUGCAGCUCAUGCGGGAACCCGUCACGUUGCCCACCGGCAUCUCCUACGACCGCGCCGCCAUCUCCCGCUGGCUGGCCACGCCUGCGCCGGCCGGCGGCCGCACCUGCCCGGUCACGCGCGUGCCGCUCCCGCCGCAGCCCCAGCUCACUCCCAACCACACCCUCCGCCGUCUCAUCCACGCCUGGCUCGCGUCCCUCUCCCCCGAGGCGGAGGUCAACGAGGACGUGGCCGCGCUGCGGGGGCCCGUGCCCGGCGCGGAGGUGGUCGUCGCGCUGCUGUCCGACGCCGCCGGGGCUCAGGUUGAGGCGCUCAAGAGGCUGCGGGAGCUGGUGGCCGAGUGCGAGGACAGCAGGGCGGUUCUCGAGUCCCAGGACGGGGUGUUCGACGCCUUGUCCCGCGUCGUGAGCAGUGCCGACGCGUGCUCGACGGCGCGCGAGGAGGCGGUCGGGCUGCUCGCGUCGCUCCGGAUCCCGGAGCCGGAGCUGGCCGGCGUCGUGGCCAGGCACAGCAACCUGGGGGAUGCACUCACGGCCGUCCUCCGCUCGUCGAAUCUGAAGUCGCGCGCGAACGCCGCUCUGCUCGUUAGGUCCCUCUCGGAAGCGGCGUGGCCGGCCUGGGUCAUCGGGCUGAGCCAGGAGCUUCUAGCGGAGGUUGUCCGCGUGGUCCGCGACCGUGUCUCCACGCAGGCGACCAAGGCAGCACUGCACGCCCUCGCGGCGCUCUGCCCCUACGGCCUGACCCGCGUCAAGAUCGUGGGCGUGGGCGCGGUGCCGGCGAUCGUGGACCUCCUGCUCGACGACCCCGAGAGGCGUGUCAACGAGCUCGCGCUUGUGGCGCUGGACCGGUUGUGUACGUGCGCCGAGGGCCGCGCUGAGCUGGUCGCGCACGCGGCGGGGCUGGCCGUGGUGGGCAAGAAGGCGCUGCGGGUGUCGGAGACCGCGAGCGAGCGGGCGGUGCGCGUGCUGCGCUCCGUGGCGCGUCACGCGGCCACGCCUGCCGUGCUGCAGGAGAUGGUGGAGUCCGGCGUCGUGGCCAAGCUCUGCGCGGCGCUGUGGUCCCAGCAGUGCGGGUUGAGGACCAAGCAGAAGGCGCAUGAGGUGCUCAAGCUGCACUCCAGGACCUGGAGGAGCUCGCCCUGCCUAUCUCCAAAAUUUUUGGGGCUCUACCCAUCAUGAGGUGCUCUGUGCAAUUUGACCGAUCCGGAUUUUAGGGUUAAAUCGAUUAAGGUUGAACCCUAACUCGUUCUGCGUUUCUGUUACUUUUCUUGACUUUGUUCUUGGUCGUGGAUCGUUGGUUCCCGAGCCAUUGUGAUAUCUGUUGACCCAGAUAAAACCGAUUAGGGUUAGGUUACUAAAACCCUAACCCUAAAACGUUGAUCUGUUUUUACUAUCUUGGAUUCCAUGGCAUUGACCGAGACCAAGUCUCUGACAGUGGCAAAAAAAAAACUAGAUUUAUGGUUAGGUUAAAACCCUAACUCGAGAGAAACAACCUCUUUCUAUCUAUUCUUUCUGGAUCUAAUCUGUCUGUUCUCGAAAAAAAAAGAGUUCAAUCAUAUUGAACCGAGACCUUUCUAUUC